AUGACCAAAGAGUUGUUUUCCUGCUUCAGCAAAAUGUUUGUUCUAUGGUAUGGCGUAUGGCUUGGGAUGCUAGCUAUUCAGUGUUUCCGGUACUGCGACACUGUUUCAGGCAAUCCCGCUGAAUCCGGCACGCGACACGAGGUUCCAAGAUUUCGGCGGCUCGAUGGUGUCAUGUUCCCGACGACGGCCCUUGGCGGAAUGGCUAUCCAGGGUGUUUACUCCGCCAGUUAUUCCGCAUCGACCGCUCUCGCAACGGAGUACGGGGGAGCCUCGCAGAUCGUUCCUGUGACGCCAGGUGCACGUUCGGCAAUGGCCACACCUGUCCCCGGCACCUUCCCUGGCGCUUCACUUGUUCAGAGUUCUUCUUCUAUUCCCGCCAGCACAGCCGAAACAUCGGAGAAUCAGCCCGUGGGAAACAUGCAAGGGGUCACCGAGGCACCGUUAGGCACCCCCGUCCUUUGCCCCGAUUUAAGCUUAGGCGACCUGUUGGUGAUUGCAAACCGUCUGAAAGAAGGCAACGUUACCACCCGUCAGGCUGCCAUUCAGUUUCUCCAAGGUGACGCCGAAUUCAGGAACUGCAGUGUUUCCUCGAUCGCGUCGAUUGUCGGUGACUUCGGCGAAGCCACUGGCCAAGAAGUCAAUACUCCCAGGGAUGCAGGGACGCAGGAAUGGUGCAAACUGCAGCCAGCUCACCCUCUAUGCAGACACUAA